AACCUCGCGGACGGGGGCGCGCAUGCGCGGCGACCGGCCCGAGCCCGCCUGCCUCUAGUGUCAUGGCCACGGCUGGGCUUUCGCGCAUGCGGACUGGGACGGUUCCGGGUGCGCUCUGCGCGGCAGCAUGCAGGCCGCCCUGGAGGUGACGGCGCGGCACUGCCGCAGCGAGCUGGAGCAGUACGGGCGCUGCGUGGCCGCCAGCCCCGCCAGCUGGCAGCAGGACUGUCACCAGCUCAAAGUCAGCAUGGCCCGCUGCGCCUCCUCGCACCCAAUUGUGCAGAAAAUCCGCCACGACUGCGCUGAGCCCUUCACUGCAUUUGAACAGUGCUUGAAACAGAACCAGGCCUCCGUGGUGAACUGCACCGAACACGUCAACGAGUUCCUGCUCUGCGCUGAGCAGGUGAAGCUAAUGACUUAAGGGGACACUGAGAACCUUCACCUUCAGGAAUGAGACAGGCUUUCCCAGCUGUGAAGCCUCA